AUGUCCACGAGAUCGAAAAAGAAAACUGAAGCAACUAUUACUACUGUAUCUCCACCUAAGAAACGUGUAGAAAACUCAUGGGUUAUGUUUGUUAAAGAUUCAUUGCUUCUAAAUAGUAAUUUUAGCAUUAUAACAUUGCCGCAUCCUGGCAACGGAAAGCCGGCAAAAUACUGUGUGGAUGACGAAAACAGUAAAAUUUAUGAAGUCAUAACGUUUGAUGAACCAUACCGAUCAUGGUUUAUCGGAGAGACUGUUAAAUCUGAUGGCAGUGUCCAAAUUUUGACAACUUUAAAUCCUCUAUUUCUAGUUUUACCAAAGUUAAAAGAACAAUGCAAUAGUAGAGCUAUUCCAUUAGAAGAUUUGUUAUCAGAAAAGGGGUAUGACAAGAUUCUUGAUAUUGUACAAAACUUGGAUUGCAUUGGAGAUUUGAAGGGUCCAGAAGAUAUGAAAGCUUACAAAUAUAAUGAGGAAAAAACUCUAUCUUGGCUGGAUGACAGAGUUAGGAGACUAGCAAUAGUAUUAAGACAGAAAAAUAUACAUGUGACAUCAGGAGCUACUUCGGCUACAUUUGUAUCAAGCAAUAUCAAUAAUGAGAAUAUUGAUGAAGAAUUCUACUUAAAAUAUGCUUUCGGCAUAAUAUCUGAAUAUCUACAAAGUGACAUUAUCGAAUUACUAGAAAAAAGAUUUGAUUUUAAACCUGAAUUAAUUGAAACAAUUGGAAAAAAAAGAAAAUCAGAAGUUGAAAAUAGUGAACCCAACAAACGCAUAAAAUGUGAAGCUUCCAAUGAGGAUGAUAAUUUAAAUGGAUUUGAGCUAUCUGAGAAAAAUUUGAGUGAAGUAAAAAAAGAAAAGCCAUUGACGGCUAAAGAGAAGGCUCGACAAAAAGCAGCUACUGGAACUAAAACUAUUUCAUCAUUUUUUAAAAAGAAAUAG